UCCCGCCAUCUCUUCACUCAGACCCAGACCAUGCAGUCGGAAACACACAGAACGAGCGUGAUGUUAUCUCCCGUCCUGCUCCUCAUCUCCGUCUCUGUGUCCUCGUGCUGUCGCACGGCCCCGGUUACCGAAUGUAGCCAACCCCCGUUCGUGCCGGGUCACAACCUGGUGGGCGAGGGCUUCGACAUCGUGCGUAUGAAAACCAUGGGUGCGUUUGUGGUGAACGUGCAGGACUACGUGACCGGCGGUGUGCACGGAAACUGCACCAUCUGCAAGAACUCUCUGCUCGGCCGAGAGGAGAAACUGCCGUCCGCCGUCACCGACUGGCGCGUGAAGGUGAACUGCAAACGCAGCAUCAGCGCCCGAGUGUUCGAGUCCACCAGCUCCGUGCUGCAGCAGAGCACCAGCUCCACCAGCGUGGGCUGGAAAGUGGGUCUCGGGCUGCCCAUGGUGGCCGGGGUAGCAGUCGGCGGCACACACUCCAAAUCCUCCACGUUCGCACGUUCCCACGCAUCCCAGGACAAGUUCUUCUACACCAGACAUCAGUUCUCCUGCCACUACUACACUCUCAGAGUGAAGGCCCAUCCUCCUUUGACCAAAGAGUUCAUGCACUCAGUGAAAUCUCUCCCUCCGGUCUAUAACAGUCAGUCUGAGUCCUCUUACCAUCACUUCAUCUCUGUUUACGGCACUCACUACCUGCGUCAGGUGAAUUUAGGCGGUCGUGUGCUGUCCACCACCGCCGUGCGCACCUGCCAAAUCGCCAUGAAGGGUCUCUCAGUGCGGGACGUCAGUAACUGUCUGUCUGCCGAGGCGUCGGCCGUGAUCAAGGGCAUCGAGGUUAAAGGCAAAGCAAACUACUGCAAAAGCAAGAGCAAUAAACUGGAGAACAAAAAUGGGUUCAGCGCCUCGUUCUCGGAUCGUGUUACUGAGGUCUGGGGCGGCAGCGGAGGCAGCGCGGAUCUCCUGUUCUCCCCGGAUAAACAGCAUGGAUACACUGCCUGGAUGAAGACGCUGCAGACCGUCCCGGGAGUGGUGUCCUACACCCUGACGUCACUGCACAUGCUUGUGAUGGGCGACUCGGCCAGGAAAGAAGCUCUGCGGAAAGCCAUCUGCCAGUACGUGAUGAAGAAUGCCAUGUCCUUGUCCUGCUCCUCCAAGUGUAAAAUCGGACAUCGUAGUCCUGAAUGCGCGUGCAAAUGCAGCGGACAUCAAAACAUCGACUCGAACUGCUGCCCGAGUCAUCCCGGAGUCGCAACCCUGACCGUCAAGGUGGAGCGCGCUACUGGACUCUGGGGAGAUUACUUCUCCAAAACCGACGGCUACGUCAAAGUGUUCUACGGCAAGAGAGGAGAAACAACGCCAGUUAUCAUGAAUAACGAUUUCCCAGUCUGGAAUUAUGAUGUCCGAUUCGGAACUGUGAAUCUGGCAGAGAGACAGCGUUUGUAUUUAGAGGUGUGGGAUCGUGAUAACAAGUGGGAUGAUAACCUUCUGGGUAAAGUGGACGUCAUUCCUACACAAGGCGUCAACAUGAAGAAGCAGUUCCGUCUGAAACACGGCACGCUCUUCGUCUCCAUCACGGCCGUCUGCGGUCCAAAUCUUCAGGGAGCAGUGUGCGAGCGCUACGCCCCUGCACCUGAAGCCGAGCGACUGCUCACCUACCCCGAGCUGCUCCAGAACCAGCGUCUCGCCUGGAUUGAGGAAAACUAUCGCAGAGGGAGAAACAUCUCCAUGAUAUAGAGAGGAGAGAUCGUUUACUUCUCAUCCGCUCACCGCUGAGAUCAACACCCUGCUUCCAGCCCUGCUUUUACAUGUUGCUCAUAUCCUGCUUUGAUUUUUCUUGCUUAGAUACCAUAAAUUCACCUAAGAUAGUAGGGUUAGUGCACAGCAGUGACAUCUUCCCAAAUUUAAAAUAAUAAUAAUAAUAAUAAUCUUUAUUGUUCAGGAUUUCACGGAGUGUUUUUGUGAUUGUUGCGGAGAAAAAUGCGUGACUUUGCUGCGGCUUUGUAAAAAAUUUACGAUGCAGCUUGUGGAGUUUUUUGUGCUGUUUGUUGUGGGGGAAACUGCUCGAAUCGGUGACUUCACAGUCGCAGGAAAUAGUUCUGAUUGACAGAUAUUGAUUUAACAAUUAAAAACAACAACAUUAAUAAAACAGUCCUCAAGACGACCUGCUACGUUGUUGAGACAGUCCGAGGGUUUACAUCCUCAACAGCUGUAAAAUGGUGUGUUUUCGUGUCCAAACCUGCCACAUUUACAAAACGCUCUUCUUCGUACUCACAUGCAUACGCUGUUCAAUGCAAAUCAGCCAUCAGUUAAUACAGUAAUUUAGCCACGCCCACAAAACUCCAUAAAAGGCAAAGAUAGCUGAAACGCCACUUCAGCCACUGCAGUGCUUCAGCUACUAUAUAAUAAUUAUAAAUACGUGAUUUAAUCGUGACGGCGUAAUCCGUUUAUGAACUCACAGGAAGCCAUCGACUCGACCGUUACACCAUCUGAAGACGAUCGAUCAAGUUUCAUGUUAGUAAUUCAACUUAUAAUCUCAUUUACACAAACUCAGGAGUGAAACGUAGAAUAAAACAUUUUAUUCUGAAGUAACUGGAUUUUCAGAAACACAUUUCUUAUGUAAAAACUCCUUACAUAAACCGAGUAAACGGUUCCUAAAGCAGCUGUAUUAUUAUUUACACACUCACAUGGAUAUAAGGGCUGAUUUUAUUAAGUGACGCAGCAACAGAGUUUAAGCUGUUCGUUAUUAUUCCUCCAUUUUAUUUUUCACAUCUCUUUCUUCUUGAAAAUAUCUUUACAUCCGAUCAAAGAUAAUAAUUGUUCAUGUAAAAAUCGCAUGACAUCUCCACUUCAUUUACUUCUAGCCAGUCGUGUAAACACAGCCCAGUGCUAAAGUUAGCCAGCUAAUUAGUUAGCUUACAUAACAGUGAGUAGGUUUAUGACUUUACACAACUAAUAUUUCCACAUGAAAAACGCUGACUGCGGCUAUACUGUAGCUUCAGUGCGGAAUAUUAACCAGAACCAGGGAAUUUGUGAUCACUGCUGCUUGCAAAAUAUACUUUGAUGAUUAUUAGCUAUUUUUUCUUCAUUUGUUUGAUUGUUGUUUAUUGUAUUUGAUUUGAUUAUUAACAAUAAUUCUAAUUGAUCAACAGUCACAGUAAAAUAUCCAGCACAUUCAUGAAAUCCCAGAAUGCACUGCUGUCUCAUUUGAUUUUGCUUUGGCUAUUUUUACUGAAAAUGUACUAAAAUAAUCCGUAGCAUAAAAUGUACUAGUUAAUAAAGCUUUAAUAAAAAUGAUUUUCUCACAA